UAGGGCACAAUCAAGGACGUGCAUGGUGCAGUAGUCAACGACGACGAAGAAACUUUCCAGAAGAGAACGGCAGACCCUGUACCAAAUCAAAUCUUCCUCAGCAAGGACCAGAAUGGACUGAAUCCUCUUCACAAGGCAGCAGGGUUGGGCCGUGAAGGGAUGGUUGAGAGCAUCAUACAGCGCAACCCGCAUGCUGUUGCCACUACAGACAAUGAAGGAAGAAUGCCACUGCAUUAUGCAGCUGCUGCUAAAGAUGGAGGUCACAUCUACAAUCUGCUAGUUGAGGCUGGAGCUGAUGAGAAUGCUCUAGACAGUAGAGGAAAGCCACCAAGUUACUAUCGAACCAAGCCUGGAGAACUGGACCUAAAAAAUCUGCAGGUGAUCCCAGAUGCCCCUCGAACUGCUACCAUCUUCCCACCUGCUUGGGACUGGAGGCUACUCAACAACAUGACCUAUGACUUCGGCCCAAUACCUAUUGACAGCGACUUGAGAUACAAUGGGGAAAAGUCUCCUGAAAGGGUGAAGAAACAAAAGAGCAUGUCCAACAUGGCUAGAACAGCAGCAGAAGCAGCAGCAGCUGUGAAAAUACCAGUAUCAGUGGCUGCAGAAGUUCCAGAUCUUAACAGCAGAUCAGCAACCCCAACUGCAGGACAUAAGGGGCCAGAGCCACCAGAUGAUGAGGAUGAAGGCGUAGGAGAGGAGGGAGAUCAUGAUGAGGAAUACAGGAGGCAAACAGAAGAGGAGGGGGAGGAGGAGAAUGCUAAGGGAACAGAAAUGGAAGCUCUGCAGAAAGAUAACAAAGGUGAAGGAGAAAAUGAAGAAGUAAGAGGCGAAGAAAUUGAUAGAUGGGAGAGACAAGAUGAUGAAAUGGAGGCUACUGAAGAAGAUGGGGAGGAAGAUGCAGGAAUGGGUGAGGAAGAAGAAGAAGAGAUAGGCCAAGAAGUUCAUGAAAGACGUGAUGUAAUCGAUCAUGAUGUUAAUGCAGCACCACCAGAGGAAGAUGAGGAAGUGAAACGACUUAUUGAAGCAGGAAAUAUGGAGCAGCUGGCAAAUCUGGUGCUAAAUGGAGAGGGACAUCGUCUUAUAGGACAGACAUCUGAUGAUCCCGAUCUUCAGGGAUUCCUCAACAAUGUUCCAGCAUACAUGGGGAAGAUUCGUGCAGUUCACGAAGCAGCUCAAGAGGGCCACUUGAGGGACCUACAAGCUGCCCUGGACAGACGUAAAUUUGCAAUUGCCCGUGAUGGUUCAAAUUCAAUGGGAUCUACACCUCUCCAUGUGGCCAUCCUGUUUGGUCAUACAGCUAUAAUCCGGUACCUAGCUGGACGAUUUACAGAGACUUUACAGGCUCGAGACAACAGUGAUCGCACUCCUUUGCACUAUGCAGCCACAAUGGCAGACAAUGGACACUAUUACAACUUACUGCUCAAACUGGGUGCCGACCCUACACUCAAAGAUAAUCUAGAUAACACUGCAGAGUACUACAUGAAGAACCCUGGCAUUCUCACUCAUCAAGAUCUGCUGGAGGAGUAUGGUGUAUCAGGAGAGGUCGCUAAUAACAUGCUUGAAGACAAAGGAAACUCACCCCAAAGAAAUAUUCCAGUUGAAAGAUCUGUUUUCUGGACAGAAGAGGGACGAUAUUUGGCAAAUGCUCUUGGAGAUCCACUCGUCAGAGGACUCACCGAGGUGGCAAAUACAAGACCCAGUGACCCAAUUGCGUACCUUGCGACAUGUUUAUACAAUUAUGCCAAUACAUCAAGAGAUGUAAGAAAUGAUACUCAGGAAUCAGCCAUGAUGAUUACAACGGGCCCCCCUGAAGCAGUUGGCAAUUUCGCUGCACCGCCACCUGCCUCACUGGAUGAGGACCCUGACACAAUCCAACCAGCCUCUGACUCUCCAGAAACUGCACUUACCAGUGCAAACAGGGAUGAGCAUGGACAGAGCAUGCUGCACUUCGCAGCUGCACGCUCUCAUGGGCGCAACGCCCUGUUCCAACUACUGCAGGAAGCAGAUAUCAAUGUUGGUUACCGGGACGAACUGUAUCGAACAGCCCGUGAUGUUGCCAUCCAGGCAAAACUACCUGAGAACAUACAAGACAUUGACAAGUGGGUCCUAUACAUGGCUGCAAGAGGUGAGACUGAUAAACUUAUGGAACUGCUUCUGGAAGGAUAUGACCAUAUUUUAGAUGUGGAAGACGAAGAGGAGAACCACAUUUUUGAUGUCGUACAGAGGCGAAAUCAACACGAGACUAUGGCUUUCCUACAAUCAAUACCUUCAUUUGAGGAAAAACGUGAGGAGUUACACAGCGCAAUUCGACGGGGAAAUGUGGAAGAAAUGAAAAGCAUAUUAACUCCAGAGGCAGGAAAAGGUAAUCUCCUGGCAGUAGCAAAAAAUGUUUAUGGGCGAUGCUGUCUACAUAUAGCAGUCCUGUGCCAGGAUGAGGAGAUGACUAGAUUUAUUGCUGUUAAUUUCCGAGAGACACUUCGUGCUGGAGACAAUUUGGAAAGAACAUCUCUGCAUUAUGCUAUGGCCUUGGAGAAGGUUGAACCCCUCAGCACUAUACUCAUCAAGGCAGGUGCCAAACGAGUACUCAAAGAUCUGAAAGGAAGACAACCUACCUACUACUUCAUGAAUAAAUCUGACAUUCUCAGACUGAAAGAUGAUGAGGAGGCCAUGAACGUAUAGAACGUACAUUCUUUCUUUCUGCUGUUAUAAAUGUACUUUAACAUUGAACCUGCUAAAAUUUAUUUGUAUGGUAAAUAUACAGUACUGUUAAACAGGUGUAUAUUAAAAUUUGGUAUGUACAAUAUGAGGUUUUAUAUACAUAACUGAACCUA